AUGUCGAGGAGGAAAGAAUUUCAUUGGGAUGAGGGAAGUGCUGCAAUAGUGAGGAAGGCAUGGAAUAAAAAAGCAGCUACCCGAUACAAAGACUUUCUGACAAAUGAAAAGAAGAAAAAAAAGAGGAGUGCUUAUAUAUCAAUUGGAGUUUGGGAUAAAUGGAAUUUAGAUUGGAGUACUCCAGAGUAUAUAGCGAAGUCAAUGAAGUACUCAAAGAACCGCCUAACAGAGAAGGGAGGUGAAGGAUCUGGUCCUUCUACACAUACAGGUGGGUCCAUAACACAUGAGGAGCAUGCUAGACGCAUACAAAAUGCUAACACAGACAAAGUUCCUCCAACAGCAGCUGAGUUAUUUCUCCACACCCAUACAAAGAAGAGUGAUCGCAACAAAUUUGUUGAUAAACGAGCUGAAAUUGUUUAUGAAAAUUAUUUGAAGCUAAAAGAACAACAUUCAAGCCAGAAUGUGGGAUCAGAUCCUGUGGAAGGAGAUGGAGGAACUAUUAAUGAGGAUCAAUUGUUCAUUACUGCAGCAGGAGGAUGGCAAGGAAGUCGAGUUUAUGGUUUAGGUAGUGAUGCCUCUUCUGCCUUCUCUCAAACAGGAACUGUGGGAAAAACAACAAAUGUUCCAUCAUCCCAAUCACCAGAAUGGAAGAAGGAAAUUGAAGCAAAGUUUGAAGAGAAGUAUAAUAGUUUGCAGAAACUUGUACAGCAGUCUUCCUCAUUGAUGCCAUCAACAUCUGAUAUGCCUCCAGCUCAAAGAUCCCCUGGUGAUUCACAUAUAGAUUAG